AUGGAGGACAAAUUCCGUCUACUCGGGCCGCCCAAGGAGGUGGACAAAUCCCUUCUACUCAGCACUUCCAAGAGGAUGGACAAAUCCCGUCUACUCAGCAAUUUCAAGAGGGAGAACAGAUGUCGUCUACUCAGCACUUCCAAGAGGGUGGACAAAUCCCUUCUGCUCAGCAAUUUCAAGAGGGUGGACACAUCCCUUCUGCUCAAUCUGUCCCAGGAGGUGGACAAGUCCCCACUCAACCCGCCCAAGACGGUGAAGAAAUCCCUUUUACUGAGGCCAUCCGAGAAGGUGGACGAAUCCCUUAUACUCAGCCCGUCGGAGAAUUCCACGACCGUCCACAAAGUUCAUUCCUUCUUUCAACGAGACAGUCACAUAGGGCAUGUGGGGCGUAACCCUUUACGUGAUAACAAGAACGUCGAGAUACAUACCUGGAAUGGACCAAAUGAUCCCGAUAACCCAUUCAAUUGGAGCAAAACGUACAAAUGGAUACUCACUCUGACUAUUUGUUUCAUUUCUAUCCUGACAGGCCUACCAGCUGGAUCCUACGGUGCCGGUAACAAAUACAUGGCAGAACGUUUUCAUGUGCAAAAUGAGCCCUUUCCAAACCUUGCAUGGGCUACAACCUCUUGGAAUAUGGGGGCGGCAUUCUGGCCUAUGAUCUUUGUUCCAUUGACUGAAUCGUCGGGCCGCAUGCCCGGGUACUUUGUUGCCUAUUUUAUUCUGGUUGUCUCACUGUUUCCUUCGGCCUUUGCGCCAAACUUUGCCACGCUGGUUGUUACUCGAUUCUUUGGCGGUGGCGCCUCUUCAGUGUCUAUCAACAUUGUCGGUGGUAGUAUUAGUGAUGUCUGGUAUGGCGAUAAAGCUCGCAGCUUGCCGAUGUCUCUUUUCGGAUUCACAAGUGUGGUUGGUAUUGCUUUGGGUCCAUUUAUCGGAUCAGCUAUUCUACAGAUUCAUAGAAGCAGCCCAUGGAGAUGGAUCUUCGUCAUUCAGAUCAUUUACAACGCAGGAUUAAUUCCAAUCUUCUGGUUGAUUCUUCGCGAGACCCGUGCGGAUGUGAUAUUGAAGAAGCGUGCCAAGAAACUCCGCUUAGAGACUGGCCGCCCUAUAUACGCUGAAGCCGACUUAGACACCACCAGUGUCAUGAAGCUUAUUCAGAUUUCAUUUGAGCGGCCUACACGAAUGCUCCUCACUGAGCCUGUGGUCAUCUUUUUCACCCUGUGGGUUAGCUUCGCGUGGGGAAUUCUAUUCCUCUUCUUCUCGAGUGUCGCCCAGACCUUCAGUGCAAACUACGGCUGGAGCACAUUCCAGACUGGUCUAGUUCAGCUAGCGAUCUCUUGUGGAGCUGUGGUUGGUACAGUUUUGAACCCUAUCCAAGAUUGGAUUUACCUUCGCUCCGCACGUCGAAAUCGCGAGCGUCCCGGUAAACCCAUCCCAGAGGCCCGGUUGUACACUUCUAUACCUGGCAGUCUGUUAUUCGCAGGUGGGCUAUUCUGGUAUGGCUGGGGUAGUGUCGGGGACGGCUCGAUCUCUUGGAUCGUGCCGGCGCUGGGAGUUGGCUGUACCGGUGUGGGAAUCUACUCUAUCUACAUGGCCGUGGUCAACUAUUUGACUGAUGCAUACGAGAAGUACGCUGCUUCCGCGUUGUCAGCUGCUUCAUUGGGGCGCAAUACUUUCGGUGCCUUCCUGCCUCUUGCAUCUUAUCAGCUUUUUCAGAACCUGGGUUAUGGCUGGGCUGGAUCGUUGCUCGGUUUUAUUGGGCUUGCCCUCUCGGUUGUGCCUGUUGUGCUGGUAUUAAAGGGGCCAGCUAUUCGCAGACGAAGCCCCUUCAUGCGUGAGGCCAUGUUUGACCCUGGUUCUAACUCUGACCAGGACCGGGACUCGGAGAAGACAGAGGUGUGA